GUAACUAAGCAGUCAAACCUCUAAACAGUAGUGUUAAUUUAUCCCACUACCAUUGCUCGGAACGAAACAUGUCGUUAGAAAGUAACUCUUAACCCGCCUACCUUCCCUCUCCUCCCUCCCUCCAUUUCUCUUCAGCAAUAUCUACUCUGAUCUCUCUCUCUCUCUCUCUCUCUGAACUCCUUGAAAACUUGCACUUCAUUGCUUUCUUUUUGUUUUUAGUUCCCAACGUGAAUAUCCACAGACCAUGAAGUAUUCUAGGACGAAGCAGCAACCAGAGAUAAGUAGAGCUGAAACGUGUUGUUCUUUGGGUUGUCGGUGCAUAUAUACAGCUAUUUUGGCCAAGAGUGGUGGUUCGUAAGUUGCUAAAUAUCAGCUCCAAAGAGUGCCAUUACAGCGCCGACUCUGACGACGACAACGCUUCUGAUUCUGCUUCCGAUAUCAAUGAAUUUGAUGAAUGCUCGAGAGGAUCACAAUCUGGAAGUAAAAGAGGGGAGGAUGCUCAAGAUUCUAUUCCAAGGAUAAGGAGAAGAUUGUCAGAGACCUUUAGAGCUCAGUAUAUAAACACAAAGGAAAUCAGAAUAUGCGUUGGGACGUGGAAUGUUGGAGGAAAACUUCCAAAUGAUGACCUAGAUAUCGAUGACUGGAUUGAUACUGAUGAUCCUGCUGACAUCUACGUGUUUGGGUAAGUGUUUCCCUGCACCACUGCACCACGUCCAAUACCAAACUCAGCAUAUCCAUUGGUAAUCUGCUAUCCAUGACCUAAAAAAGGUAAUCUGCUAUCUCUGCCACAAUGCCAGCAUAAGAUCUGAACAUUAAUCUUCAUUGAUUCAUUUAAACCUUGCUCUUUUGCUAAGAAACAAUAUGAUCAAUUUAAAGAGAAGUCUAUAUGUAUAGAACUCAAGGCAAUCAGAACUUUUAACAAAGGAAAGCGAGGCAACAUGUUGAUUUUCGAACUGUUAUUGGUAAAGGCCAAAGAGGGAAAACAGGAGGUACGAACCCCUACUCUUUGGCACGAAAAUUGAAAUUGCCUCCCAUAAUUAAACCUACUCUUAGCUGACAUCUAAACAUUAACAUGUCAGUGAAGGUAUAUGAUGUGGUUUUAUAUCCACUCGACAAGACUCCAGCAAUUUAAUUUACUUUUUAUUGCCUCAACUUGUUGCAUGUUGUUUGUUCUUUUCCAUAAAAUGCAUAAUUUUUCUUCCUGGUUCUGUCAAUCCUUGUCUUAUAUUGGUUCUCGUCCAAGUUAGUUCACUUGAGAAAUAGGACAAAUGCUUCAUUUCUUCAGGCUUCAGGAGAUUGUACCCUUAAACGCUGGGAAUAUCUUUGGCGCUGAAGACAGCCGCCCAGUUCCUAAGUGGGAAAACAUUAUCCGUGAAACACUGAACAGAAUUCGACCAGCAAGGACCAAGGUUAAAUGCUACAGUGAUCAUCCAUCUCCAUCAAAAUUUAUGUCAUCUGAAAAUGUGCCCACUAUAGAAGAGGAGAUAUUACUUGAAAGCGAUAGUGAUAUUGGUGAAGAAAUUCAUCCCUUUCACGAAGAAUCCAAUGGUUUUGAUGAACUCAAUGACAAAUCAAUUACAGGUGACGUGAACUCAAAUUCUGGAGUUCCAGACAAUCAAACUCUGGAUUUACAGAAGCAAUUUUCUUCUCCAAAAAAACUAGAUGGAUUAAAUUGCUUGCGGACCGAAGAUUCUGCAGGAGAUGUAGAAGCAUCGGCAGCUCCUCAAAAAUUAACUAGAAUUCUUAGUAGUUCUGAAUGGAUUGGCUUGAGUUGGCCAGAGCCCCCAUUAAACUUGCUAUCUCAGCAUGUUUUGCAGAGACCAACUUCCUUCAAAUCAAUUAAAUCAUUUAAAGCAACCAAAUCUUUUGGAGGAUAUAGUUCUUUAAAGUCUGUUUCAAGUGAAAUACAAUCAAGAUUAGCUUUGUUUGCCGAGCUUGACUUUGAAUCUCUCAUGAAACGGAAUAGAAGAUCAUCAUAUGUAAGGAUAGUGAGCAAGCAGAUGGUCGGAAUCUUCCUCACUAUUUGGAUUCGUAGGAGCUUGCGUAAGCAUAUUCAUAACUUAAAAGUGUCCACGGUUGGUGUUGGUGUUAUGGGCUAUAUUGGUAACAAGGGAUCAAUAUCAGUCAGCAUGUCUAUAUAUCAGACAUUUUUCUGUUUUGUGUGCACACACCUCACGUCAGGUGACAAGGAUGGAGAUGAACUCAAAAGAAAUACCGAUGUUCAUGAAAUACAAAGGAGGACUAAAUUUCGUCCCUUUUCCAAUGUUGGACUUCCUAAAGGCAUCUAUGAUCAUGAACGAAUUAUCUGGUUAGGUGAUUUGAAUUACCGCAUCAACUUGUCAUACGACCAAACAUGUGAACUCAUCUCCAAAAAGGAGUGGUCCAAGUUAGUGGAAGCGGACCAGCUUGUACGAGAAUUAAGAAAAGGCCGUGCAUUCGAUGGAUGGUCAGAGGGUAUAUUGGAUUUUGCACCAACAUACAAAUAUGAGAUGAAUUCUGAGAAAUACUGCGGAGAAGAUCCAAAGGCUGGAAGGCGUAUUCCUUCAUGGUAUGAUUCUGCAGUAUUUGAGUGGUGUGAUCGCAUUCUUUCAUAUGGAAAGGGAAUGAAGCUACUGAACUACAGGAGGAAAGAGCUAAAACUUUCUGAUCACCGGCCUGUGGCUGCCACAUAUAUGGCUGAGGUUGAGGUGUUUUCUCCUAGGAAGCUACAGAAGGCGCUCACAUUCACAGAUGCAGAGAUUGAAAAUGAGGAAGUUGUGGCAGGCUUGGGAAUUGAUGUUAGAAUAAGCCAGUUGAGAUUGGAGCAGGACCCUGAGUAUAGCAGGCAAAUCCAGCAAGCAUUUUAGAUUACACGAGUCACCGGGGCAGGUUUUGGACAACUAUUGGAAGUUAGACGACUUUGAUGUUGGAUUCUGGCUCCUAAAAGCUGAAUGAUGCAUGAAUGGGCUCACUUUGGUGAGUGCGACUUCUGUUUGUUUUCUUGUUGAGGUUGGCCACAGUUAAAAUGGUACUCAUGUUCUGAACUUGAAUCGGUACCAGUCUUAUACUUUAAAACCUCAGCUAGGUCUCACCAGCCAUGAUCAAGAUUUUGACUAAAUGUGUAUUUGCUGUUGCGGUAGUUAUUGUGGUCGUGGUUUGACCAUAGCUUUUGCAGGAUAUUUCUUGGUGGGAGCGUUUAUGAGGAAUACCCUGUCAUGAAGGGGCUGGAAGUGAGACCCUGAGAACUAUGCUAUUACUACUCUACCUUAUGUUCAUUCAUUGAUUUGCAAUUUUUUGCAUGAUAUUGUGUACUGAACUUCUUGUGUUACUGUGUUCAGAGUAGGAGUUUAUAUGUUAUAGAGAGAAAAUCAUAUAUAGGAGUCUUUAGUUAUAACUUUUUUUUUUUUUAAAUCAUGGACACACUCCGGCACGCGAGCCACGGACGAGUGGCUACUCUCAAAAGCCAAAACAUGGGAGAGAGCCUAUCAAGUUGAGUUUCUAGUUAACCGCACGCUUACAUAUGGGUUGAGAAAUGUAAUUGGUAGGAUUCAAAUCAGGAAUAUCCUCUCCCCCAAGUUAACUCUCUAUCAUUUGACUAUCGCUCACUGGGUUACUAGCUCACUUGCUAUUAUGCAUUUUGUUCAUACAUGUUCAAUGAUUCGUGUAUCAAAGGUUAAUCCAUUGAGUUUAUGCAUAUUUUUAAUGUUAUAAAAGAAGAGAAUAAUUGCAUGUUUUUUAGAGUUGCUGCUGUUACUAACCUUCUUUAAACUGGAGAAUGAAGGUUUUGUUGCUAUCUUCUACGUAGCAGUAGCAGUAAGUGCCUGAUUUACCUUUGCAUUACUUUGUUCUCUGCGUUCUGGAAUUGAUUGCCUCAAGCGCAGUGCUCCAUUUUUACUGCGGGCUGAAGCUUUCGGGGGGAAUACUAUUUUAGUUAUUAGCAUAAAAUAUCAGGAAAUUGUGUGGAGGGAUCUCGUAUGGGCAUGAUGUAUCAUUUUGUCAUUUAUUCUAAUCACCUUUCUGGUUCUUUUGUCGUUACAAUGUAAGAAUCCUGAUGAAUUUCUUUCUUC